AAUUUAGGUUGAGCAUUCGACUCACCCUGCCUCAGUAAAACGAUUCUGUAGAGACAGUGAAGUGUUUUUCAUAUCUUGUGACUCAGGGGUGGAGCUAGAGCACGCUUUCCACACCGGCAGGUAGAUACGCUACAGGUGGGGGAGAAGUUGAGCUCUGUUGAGACUUACCACAGCAACAAUACGCGAACCCCCUGAGACUGUCACAGACAUGACUAGAAACAAGACGAGCGCAGUUGGCCACUUGCUAUUGCGCUAGACAUUUCAGUGACCGUCGUACGGUUUGUUUGUUUGUUUGUUUACUUUUUACGACCAAUAAGGAGUUACUUAUAUUUUAUAUUUCAGUGCUAGCUAACCCUCUAACAAUGAAUAAUUCGGAGGCCCUCCGACCGACUCCACACUCCGGACGUGCUAAAGGUAAACUCGCCACCAGGCUGGAUGAAGUGAAAAACCCAUGGCGACAGACAUCUACACUGGAGUUCAGUCACAAUGAAGCCGCCAGGUUGGCAACCGAUGGUUUGCUCGAGUCAGGAGAGAAGGAGUAUCGUAAGGUCCUCGCUGAGGAAAAAGAAUUAAGCUUUCUGUCUCCGCUUGACAUUCGCUACAUUAUAGAUAAUGCCAACAAGAACUCUUCCCCCGAAAGCAGCAGCAACGGCAAUGACAGGGACUUUGACGGAGACACGGUGUCCGAGUUAACUUCGGGGACUUACUUUCCCAUGAUGUCUGACGACGAGCCACCUAUACUGGAAUUGGGCUGGCCAGACCCUCCUCACCGGUUUGGACCAUCGGAGACACAGAUUUACUUUCAGAGAGACAAAUCACAAAAUAUUAAAGAUUUAAUUCGCUCUCUGAUUAGUAAAGCGAAGAAAGUUAUUGCUUUGGUAAUGGACGUCUUCACAGAUGUAGAUUUGUUCUGUGAUCUUAUUGAGGCUUCUAGCAAAAGGAAAGUUCCUGUUUAUAUUCUGCUGGAUGAGAAGAACUUGGACUGUUUUUUGGACAUGUGCAGCACACUGGAGAUUGUGAACUCCCACCUGGCAAACAUGCGAAUCCGCACUGUUUGUGGGGACACGUACUGCACCAGAAGUGGGAAAAAGUUUACAGGACAGGUUGAAGAAAAAUUCAUGAUCGUUGACUGCGAGGAAGUCCUUGCUGGCUCCUACAGCUUCACCUGGUUGUCAGCACAAGUCCACAGCAACAUGCUCCUCCACUUCUCAGGCCGAAUAACAGAAAGCUUCGACCGGGAGUUCCGCUGCCUCUACGCAGACUCUCAGAUUGUUGAUCGUUUCUACAACCCCGACGAUGAUGAUCUCCCCCACUUCCCGUCUCCGCCCAUGUCCACAACCAACAUGGGACUCGAAUUCCUGCAGGACAGGAUUAACCAAGAUAGAUUCUCGGACCACUCGAGCACCCAGUCCAGCAGCAGCAUGUCCAGCAUCAAAGCCGCACCCGGGAAGCCCGCUGCCAUUUACAAGGUCACCCAGGACAAGCAGGAGGCCAACAGCGCCCAGAAAGUGUCAGACAGGCACGGAGGCCAGAGCCAGACACCACAGAUCACGGGCGGUCCCCUGAUGCGGGGCUCCCCCAACGGCUUCAUCCAGAACCCCGUACCCGAGCGCCCGCUCUUCGGCCCCACCGCUGGCAUGGACUGGGCCAGAGCGGGCACACCCGAGUUUCUCAGAGCCAACCUGGGAGGGCCCACCAGCAAGUUCCAGGCUCUGGGCCUGUACGACCACAAGAGCUACUUAUACGGCAGCAAUCCAAAGAUUCCUCCAGCAGCCCAGCCCAUGGAGAACAAGUUCAGCCCCAAACAAACUCCUUCCGCUAACAUUUUCAACAAACUCACGGAUCUCUUCACCAUGCCCAGCAAAGACAGAGAUCCCUAUGUCUUCAGGAGGUCGCCCACUCAAAGUACAGCCUACGGCGGUCCAGACCUCUCCCAAAAUGAGCCGGAAAGUAAACAGGUUUUACCAGCCCCUGCCCCCAUCCCGAAAGAUAGCCUUGGCAAUGACCACUGGUUGAACCGCGGGGAUGAAAAGCGAAUGACGCUGGGUCACAGCAAGCUGGACUUGGUCAACCAGUACAACAAGAAGCCCAAGCCAGUGUACAGCCGCUUUGAAUUAAAAAGCAACAACUGACCGGAGUGAUAUUACAUUUUUUUUACCCAAAGAGGGAAGCACUCUCUUGGUUGGUGGGAGUGUGCUUUAAAAGGCUGGAUGUUGUAGGGGACUGACUUUGUAUGGGUCUUUGUUCUCACAGCUGGAGGAAGACACAGAGAGACAUACAGAGGACCAUACAGUACAUGCCCAGGUUGUCAUGGCUGCCUUUCAACCAAGUUAUGUUCACAGCUGACAGCUUCUUUAUUUUUUUUGUGUGAAAGACGUGCCUGUUUGAAUACUGUAACAAAAAUACUGGUGCAAAUAUUCUAGGCUGAGAACCAUUUUUUCUCUGCAGGGCUUCCCUGAUUCUUCAUCAGCUAGCAUAGCAAAUGCAUGUAUGACUCGCAAAUGAUUGGUGUCUUAAAGACGCACCACAUCCUUACUACGUACUCUUCUCUUUUUUUUUACAGUAUUUAUUUUUAAAAGAUUUACAGUUUUCCUACUGGCCAACAGUUUUUCAACACUCCAGCAAUACAGUCAAGAGCACCAAACUGCUGAAAUAGCUGCUUCUCUGUUUGUAAAGGAUGCCAUUGAUACGAGGCUCAUCUUUCCGCUACUCAGUGUUAUGGGACGUCAGUUUCCCAGAGUCACGGUCUUCCCAGCGCCCAGUGGUGUUAUUUUUAGACAUACUGUGAUAAGCUUGUAAGACAGGCAAGUGCAUUAAGAUUGAAAUGGGUAUAACGUUUGUACUGUGUGUAUAGAAUUACAUUAGAGGGGGAAUUGCAAUCAAGUAAUUAGGCAUUGAAAAGCCUAUCUAUUUUCAAUGGCAGUUACAUGCCAAAUGCCUAGAUUGGAUCCCCCCCGAUUUCUUUUACUACUUCUCCUUGUAAAUACUAAGAUGGGCUCUUGUUACUUCUCUCUUAAUGUUAACUAUGCUGAUGCACCGGAGUGGAGAACAGCCACACACAGUUGUGUAAGGUGCUGGUGUCAGUAAGAUGGAGAAAUCUCCUGAUAACAUGAUCAUGAAGUAUCAACCUUCAAGAGUUAAAGAAAGCAAACUAGUGGCUCAAAUGUAUUAUUAACUGAGUCUGGUGUGAGUCCUCAUUUAUAGUAACUGUGUUGUCUGACAUGAUUAUUCUGGAACUGUGUAAGUGUGAGUCAUGGAAAGAAAUGAGGCUCAUAGACAGAGACAAAAAUAAGCCAUUUACAUCUGGUUGCCACCAAUAUUGUAGACAGUGUAGAUUUUUGUAUAUGUACGUUGUGUCUUUGGAAUAUUUAACACUAUGUUUGAUGACUAUAAGGUAACAUAAUAUAUGUCUACAAAGCAGUAAAAUGUAUUGUUUUUGCGUUAAAUGAAUCUCGCAAAAUUGCUCAGUGAACCUGUUCCAAGGACACAGAUAUAUGUUUCACAACCAUGUGACCUGGAAAAAGCAAUAAAACAUUUUGAGUAGCA